CAACUAAUGGAUCUAAAAAAGGAUCUUAAAUAUCUAGUAUACUUAAGAAGUGAAUACAAAUUCAGUAAACUAUUGUAUAACGAAGAGAAAGUAAAGAAAAAGCUAAAGUAUAUAUUAACUGAAUAUCUUGAUCCAGCAAUAAAAACACAAUUUGAAAACAUAGAAACAACUAGAAUAUAUCAGCGAAACAUCGACUUGAUUAAACAAGCAAGUCUUAUACAAGAAGCACUAAAUUAUAUUACAACUGUAAAGCCGCCACCAAGUGCAAUUCUUCGAACAUACAGAAAUACAAUAUACGAAUUACAUUAUAUUCAAAAGGGGUACAAUAGAAGAUAUUUUAAUACAGACCCACCAGUAUCUUUAGAAUCGCCACCGAAUAUUAGAAUAUAA